UGCACUGAAGCCAAGUGAAGAACCUCACAAUUGCACUGCACACCGCCUAGCUCUGAUUUCUCUGGCAGCCAAACAUCUGUCACUGAGACCUUGAGGGCUCUUUUUCCCCUCCCUGCCCAUCUCUCCUGUGUCUGUGCCUGGAAGCUGGUGCCCAGCAGUAGCUCUAUCUCCCCAUCCAUCUUGCUGGACCUCUCCCCACCAUGUUUCAGCGUCUCACCAGCCUCUUCUUUAGUGACAGCAACACGCCAGAGGGCCUGGAGGAGCCCAAACCCUUUGUUGAGGAAGAGGAGGAGGAGGAUGGCUGGCUCAUAAUUGAUCUUGCAGGCAGCCGUGCCCGCCCCGGGCCCGCCCGCCGCUCCCCCGCUGGCGGCUCCGGGCGCUCGGCGCGGCCCCGCCCGACGCCCCCCGGGCCGCCCCCGCCAGCGGCCGCUUCCCCGGCUCCGGCCGGUCCCUGCUUGAUGGACGAGAGUUGGUUUGUCACCCCUCCCCCCUGUUUUACUGCAGAGGAGCCCGGCCCCGACGGCGUGGGGAGCAGCCCCAUGGAGGACCUGCUCAUCGAGCACCCCAGCAUGUCCGUGUACGUCACCAGCACCCUCGAGGUGGAUGCGGAGGGCCCCGAGGACCACGCUGCGGAGGCCGGCCCGGAGCCGCGGCCGGAGCUGGUGGUCCGGGGCCGGGCGCUGCCGGCCAAGGCGGCUCUGCUGGACAAGGCGGGCCCGGCCCAGCGGGCCCAGCGGGCCAAGCAGCUGGCGGAGCGGCACCGCCUGGCCCAGAAGGCGCUGCAGCGGCAGAACCGGGCCCGGCAGCGCCCGCCCCGCCGCGCCAAGCAGCUCCCGGGAGCCUUCGUGCACCAGCCCUGCCAGCGCCACUGCAAUUACUGACCUCGCUCCGCCGCCCUGGGGCUGCCCCGGGCCCGGCCCCGGGAGUGCGGCCCCCGCGGACACCGGGGACACGGCGGCGGCUUCGCUCCGCACCCCGCGCCCUCAUCCUCCCGGAGCCCGGCUCCUCAUCCUCCUCCCGCCGCCCUCAGCGAGCCCUCGAUGCCGUCUGGACCACGACCCCCGGAGCCGCCGGCAUGGAGGGUCCCUCCGCCCCUCCCCGGCAGCCUCGACGGCUUCACGUGGGAAUUCCCAGUGAAAUCAGCUGUUCCCGAAAUCCACCCGUUCCCGGUGAAACCCGUUUGUCCUGAUAAGCCUGUGACAUCAGUGCCUUUCCUCACGUCAUGACUCCGUGUACAACCUGGCUGGGAUGUCACAGAGACACCGAGCAGGAGUGACAAGAGCAAUGAAGCCACAAGAUCUGGGAUUUUUAGGAAAAUCUCAUCAAUGACACUAAAUAAUGCUUCCACCCUGCAAAACCAGCAAAUACUCCUCCCUUUCCUUGAUUUCCUAGCUACAUUUUACCAUGAUAAGAUAACCCCCCCACACUGCCAGUCCUGAAGGGGCUUGUGGCUAAAAGUGCUGGUGGAAUCUCUGUGGCCGGGUCAGCCAGGCGGCUCCUGGUGCCUCACGGUGUUUUUUUUUAAAUCAACCUUAAAAAGAAUCUCAGGAAUCAAAGCACCGUCCCAGCGCCACGCUGGAGCCCUUGGCUACCGUGGCAGGAGGGAUGGCCAGCCUGGGGUGGCAUCACCGUGGCUGGUGGUCCCAUCUGGGUGAGCCCCUUCCUCCUGGAGCCAGUCACCCGCCCCAGCCACACCUGUAUCCCUAUGGAUACACCUGUCUGUGUGUGUGGAUAUGUUUCUCUCUGUACCUUUACACUAAGAAGAGGCUCUGUUAAGCUGAGGAACGUUGUCUGACUGGUGUCAGUCCCUGGGAGGGGAGAGGAGGCAGGGAUCUGCACAGCUUCCCUGAGGUGGCCAAAGCACGUCCAUGCUGUUGGUGAAGAGAUGCUGAAGAGGAGGCCAGAGGGAAGAGGCUGAUAAAAGGACAAAGAUGGAUCUGGGAGCUACUGCAAUGGGUCAAGAUGGGGCAGGCCUGAGUGAGAGGAUUGCUGUAACAGGAGCUGUAACAGAAGCAUCUUCUUUCUCCAAUAAAAAUGGCAUCCUUUCCCAUGAAGGGCCAGAUUCCACUGCUAGGCAACACUAAUUUUUAAUGCAAAUCCCUCCUCUCUCCAUGAUGGACUCCUUCUGCCUUUAGAAGAACAUGGUCCAGGCUUUUCACUGGCUCCAGCACCAGCUGAGACAGCUCCAAAUCCAGCAGAAAUUUGCUGAUCUGCUCCCCGUUCACUCCUUUUAAAAACUGGUUUUGCACCCUGUGCCCUGGGAAAAUCCUGCUCAUGACCAGCUCACAGCCUGGAUUUCCACCCUCUGAUACCUCCACAACACUCCAGAAAAUUCUGAUUUCACCAGAGGUUCUUCCACUCAUCAUGUGGCAUCCUUUAAUAUCAGCCAGGGAUCUUGGUUGAAGGAAUUGUGGUGAGCCCCAACUGAGACAGCUGGUAGUUAUUAAUUCUUUUAAUAAGAUAAAGCCAAAAUGAACUUUCUUAGUAGCAACAGCCCCUAGCUCCGGGCCAGGGAGCCUGGACUGCAGUAGCUGGAUGCUGCUGCUCACCUGCAGCAUUUCCCCUUCACUGCACUGCCUGAGCAUUCCCAAAAGCACAGAGUUGGGGAACUCGGUGCCCUCGGCAUUGUCCCACCCCCCUUGGGCCUCACCACGACCUCUGUCCCUCACCAGGCCUGAGACCACACUGAGAUCACCCUGUUCUGUCCCUUGUGUCUUCUUGGUGGAGAGACUGACAUCUCCCGACUCCAAGGGAGUGUUUACAUCUUUGACUUCCUGGGCUUCACACUCAAUGCCUUUUUUCCCCUGCAGUGAUGCCUGGGAUGGGCCAGGAGCAUUGCAGGGACACUGGCACAGGUGCUGUGACAGCGGGCAGGGGCUGAGCCCGAGCUCCUGGGUGUCUGAUGAGGUGCUGCUUUCCCAUCCUGCUCUCCCCGUGCUGCUGGAUGAGCUGCUGUGGCCACUGGGCAGCAGCAUUGGAGGAGGCAUUUUCUCUCCAGCCCCAACACACAUCAAGAAGCCAAGCACUGUCCAACCCCCAGCUUGGUCUCCGUUACAGAUUCUCCUCCUGUGCAUCCGAGUUGCUGCCAGUUCCUCCAGAGCACUCCAGAAAUCAGAGGUUGGCUGUGACCCCUUGUCCCCUUGGCAGCUCCCAGGGGAACAGGCUGGGGGGAGCAGUGGUCCUGAGGCAGAUCCUGCCAUGUCUCACCUGCCAGGUUCUCCUGUGCCUGCCCAACUGCUGGAAAUGCACCCCAGGAGAAAUCCCCUAUGGAAAUCCUCCCGUGCACCCUUCUCUGCUGUGAGCCAGAAGCCCUUGGCUGUGUUCCUGGGGGAUUUGUCUCAGCCUGGCUCUGCCACCAGCACUCAGCCCCCAGUACUCAGCCCCCAGUGCCCAUUUCAAACAGGUGAUCUUCUUCUUCUUCCAUCCUGGUUUUCAGAAGCAAAUUCAGGCUCUUUCUGUGCCAGCCUGAGAUGUCUUUCAUUGCUCCAUGUCCAGCCAGCACAGGAGAUCAAGCAGAACUAUUAUCACACUUUAUAUUCAGAGUAUGUUUAUAAAGGAUUAAUAAAUUAUUAAUAAUGUUUUCAUGAAGAGCUUGAUCCAGACCCUAAGCCUCUGGUGGGUCAGCAGAGUGCACAAACCACAGCAAAUGAACUCCUGCAAGUCCCCUCUGUUGUUUGCACUCUUGCUAUGUAUUAACACCUAACACUCACCUGCCAACCCUUGUGAGGCUACUGUCACCCCCAGUGUGACCCAUCUCCCUGUGCUCUGCUCAACCUGUGCUUUGCAGAGGACCUGCAGUGUUCUGCUCCUGCCCAGCAGCAAGCACAAGGCCUGGCCUGGUCCCAGGCCUCCUGCCCAGUGCUGCCAGAGCAAGAAAACUCCUUUUCACUGAGGUUUUUUGUCUCCUUGAAUCUUAAAACAAAUGAAAGGUGCUUAAAAACUGAGAACUUCCUGUGUGUGCACCCAUUUGCAUGUGUAGAUAUUUCACAGCCCAGUGUGGGUGUUCAGUAGCUUGUUUUGGGGUUGGAUUUUUUAGGGGUUUGUUGUUUUGGGUUUUUUUUUUGCACCCAGCAUUUGUGAUGUGCUGUGAGGUGUUUCUGAUUGGAAGGUUCUGGUUUGCAGGGAGCUCUUGGGCUGCUCCUGCUGGGACAGGUGGGGUGUAUUUUGCUUUCUUUUCUGUGCUUGUGUAGGGGGAAUCUACAGCAUGGACUCAGGGACAAACCAAUCUGCUGGGGACUUAAAAAAUGUCCUUUUCCCAGGCUUCUGUGUUAGAAUGUGGGGUUUGGUUCUAGGAUGCUGCAGGGAUGUGGCACGUGGUGGUGACAGGAGCUGCAGGGUGCUCUGACACUCCUGUGUGGAAAAGAAAUUGUGGCCAUUUGUGGUGGGAUCAUUCCUGGGCUGCAGUCCCUCUUCAUUCGUUCGUGCUCUGAAAAUUCACCUUCACAGCUGAAUGGGGCUGGUCCCUUUUUAGACUGGCUUGUGAACAACCAGGUGGGGAUUUUCAGCACUGAACAUCCUAGGGUUUGAGAAGUGCAGCAGAGCUGUGUGUAAUGGCCUGACCCACCACACCACUGAGGUCAGGAGACAACCAGGAUGGGGGAAGCCAUCGAAAUGAUCACCUGGAGAAAUGGUGAUGCAGGCAACUGAAGGAAAUUUAUGUAUUUCUUGCAAUGAAAGCAUAAAAAAGGGAAGAAUUCCCAGUGGAGAGACCUGGGCAAAUCCCUAUUCAGUAAAUGCCAGCUUUGCUGGGCAGUGUCAGUGCUGGGCUCAGACUCCUGAGCUGUCUCCAGCCCUGGACUGGACUUGCAGGCUCAGGGACAGCAGGGGACUGGGGCAGGCUGGGGCAGUGCUUGUAAGAUCCCUUAUGGAGGGAAGAAUCUUCCCACCACUGAAGCCCCCAUGGUGCAGGUGUCUUCUCCAAGUGAGAUUUCAUCUGAUGCCUGGUUCUGCUCUGGCUGCCCUGCCCCAGUGUGAGGAAUGAGCCCACAAAGUGGCAGGACCAGGAGGGACAGCCCUGCUGGAGAAGUGCCACCUCUUGGGAUGCACCAGAGCCCCCCAGUGCCCCCAGGCCCCCAAGGCUGGGCUUGCUGCACUGGGCAAGGCCAGGCUGUGGCCACAGCACACUCAGGACCCUCACUGGCAGCCACAGCAAAGUUCUCACACUGAAUUCUGGCUCUUGUUUGGCACUGUGAGGCUGGAGGGAUGCCAAGAGAGAGGGGCAAAAGUCCUCCUCACCUGUUGCUCUGAAACUUGUGCUCACAAAUGCUCUUUCUAAGAAACCCUGCUGCAAAAGCUUGGUCUGAAAGGAAAAUUAUUCUUUCCAUGGGAGUCCACGUUUCCUUCUCAUUGUGGAUAACAUAAAUGCAUGGCUCAUUCCAAAGAUCACUAUUGUGAGAAUCUUCUCUCUUUAGGCAUGUUUCUAAUCAAUAAUUUUACAUUUACAUCAUACUAGUACUUUUUCCUCUUCUAUUCAGCCCUACUGGGGAGCAAAAUACCCAUUUAGAUGUCUUAUCACACCAGUAAGAAAAAAAAAAGGAUGAAAAAAUACUCCAGUGAGGUCUAGGCUUGAGUCCCACAGCCUUGCAGUUGCCCCUCUGGAUCAGUAUCAAUUCCACUGCCCUGCAUAAAGUGGAAAUUAAACUUUGUGUGAAUUUAUUGAAAAACAAGUGAGUCCCCAAAGAUCAAACAUCACAUAAUUAGGAAACAGUAAGAAGACAAAGUCACCUCAAGUCAAGAGAAAUGGUUCUCAGCAUAUCUCAGAAGGCAGCACUGAGCCCCACUGCCCUGGCAAUGGCUGGUGGCAGUCCUUGAGUCUUCCCUGAGUCUUGGCCUUCAAACCAGAGGCCACCCACGUCCAGCUGGUGCCAUGGGGACUCCCAAGCCACCAGGGAUUGUCUGGGAGCUGUCACCACUCCCAGCCUCCAGUUUGCUGCUCCUCCAUUGCUGCAUGCACUCAGCAAUAGCUGCUGGUGGCAGGAGGGAAGCACCAGCACCCCAGCAUUCCCCCAGCUUCUCAGACCUUCUUCCCCAAGCCCUUCUCCACCACUGGACUGUGGUGACUUCCCCAGCACAGCUGCUGGCAGGGAGCAGAGCCUUAGGAGGGACACCCACGGCACCGGCAGCCCCUCCCUCCCAGGGGACUGCCACAGGCAGACCCACAGGAACAGUCCUUAAAAGGGGCUGAUCCCCUCAGGCCUUGUCUUCUUCAAGGUGGAGCUUUCCAUCUCUCAGAUCUGCUCUAUCCAAAGUCAGUAAUCUCCCGUUGUCCUCACGGGCUCCGUCCUCAUCCCGUUCCCAUCACUGCGGCUGCCACGAGUUGCUGAAUGCGGCUGUAGGAGCUGGAUGGUGGGAAAGGCUCUGCCCACCUGGAGAAUCCCUUCUUUGCUGAGAGGUGUCCUCACACCUAUUGGAGAUGCCACCUUCUCCUUGCUCAUCUCCAGGAUCCCAGAGCAGUCCCCAGCCGUGGGCUCCAGACACCUUUGGGCAGGAGGUCUCCCUGCUCCAUCCAUGCAUCUCCAUCAGCUUUUCUUUUUGCUUCUUGAAAAUGUUAGUCCUUAACUAAACCUGUAACCCUCACCUUAGAGGAAUGAGGAUGACGAGGAAGAGCAGCUCCAUUUAAUAGCAAAGGUGGCUCUUAUGUGUGAUUGGCUUUUCAGUUUUUCUGUACAGAGUGGUGACACCCAGCUGUGUCCCUGUCACUCCUCCUGAGCUGACACUCCUGGGCUGGCAAGGGGAUUGCUUUUCCAACCCCAUAUUUUGUACAGGGAUGCUUGCCCCAUGCUCCAGAGCACAAAAUGAGCUGCAGAGCUUUGACUCUGUUGCAGCUAAACCUGAAAAUCCUUCUCUGACCCUAUUCUGUUCCAUGGUGGGGCGGGGGGAGGAUUGUGUUCUCUGCAAAGGGAGGGGGAAACCGCAGUAAAUUCUACGUGUUGCUUAAAAAUGGGUUGUACAUGGGAGCCCAAAGCUCCUCUGCUCUUCCACAUUCACCUCAUGUACCCUUGCUGGGGAGCAGCUGUGCCCAAGUCUCACUGAAUUGUUGUGCUCAGCUUUAUGCUUCAGGAACUCUUGGGAUGAGGGAGCAGCACAAGGUGUAGCAGUAAACCAGUGAAAUUUCCUCUUGUGUCAGAACUGUUCUUGUACAGAGCCACCAAGCACUGCAAUAUUCUAUCUGUAUGUAUCCACCCCGGUUGUGAAACUCAUGCCCACACAUUACCCUCCCCUAUGUGGGACUGACUGUUACAUGUGCCUUCACCCUUUUUCAUGGUUUGGCAUCUUUUUUUAAACACAAUUACAGAACUUGAAUAAAUCACUGAACUGCAGUUACAAGUCCUAUGCAAGAGGUGACCAGGGAGUCAGUCAGUUUUCGAUAUUUCUGUGUUUCUGUGUUGUUUUCAAAGUCACUGUGGGGUUUUUCAGAGAAGCCCAACAGAAUGAAUGUCCCAAAAAGCAGGUUUGGGGGUUUUUUUUUGUUUUUUUUUUUUUUUUUUUUUUUUUCCUAAAAACCAUUUAGCAUUUUGGAUAUACUAAAUCUCUAAGGCAGCUUUGAAAAGCUCUAAAUCCCAGUUGCUGACCGGGCUGUGCUUGGGGAGCGAGCAGGAGCAGGAGCAGGAGCAGCAGGAUGGAUGAGUGCCAGGACAGAUGGCUGUUCCAUGCUUGGAAGAGGUUGCCUUAAACCUUCCCUGAAAUGCCCUGGAGAACGUUCCCGUGCCCUCCUGCCCUGUAGGGCUCUGCCUUACACGUGGCACAGCCACCACUGGGGAUCCUGGAGAAGAGGGAAAAAGCAGCCUCAUGUUUUGUACAUCACAGCUGUAGGACUGAGACCUCGUCUGGAACUCGAAGCUGAUAAAAUCCGUCCUUUUUGUGUGUUAUGUGUUCAGUUGGUGCAAGCAGGGUUUGUAGGGAAGGGGUGUCUCCUCCUGGUAGGACAUUGUGUAAACAUUUGAGUGUUGACUGCCUGGGGUACAUUGUGUAGUGUGCCUGUGUGUGUGUAACCUGGUUUUGGUUGUUAGGUUGUAAUGCUGUCUCUUGACUGAAAAAAAAAAAAAA